CAUUGCUUAUCACAGAACAGUGUUUUUUUUUUUCCUGUUUUCUGGGGACCGAGGUCUUGUACUCCUUUCCAAAUUUUGUUCCCAGCGAACCACAAGAUGAAAUACGGCUUGACACGCAGCCGAACGGGAAAUUUUGUAUUGCGGACGGACUCCGCUGUGACCGCAGCUUCGAUAGUCCAGCUAUUGUUGACGCGCGUCGACGGAACGAUUCAACCCGUUUUACUAUUGACUGUUUUCUAGUUUUAAACGGCGGUUCGGUGCGUCCGGCUCGGUGCUCCCGGUGCUCUUCGUCUGUUUGUUGUCGAGUGUCGACUGACACAAAACGGCUGCGGGAGGCGGGGGGAGUCUUCUGUUUGGCGCUCCCAAAUGUCGAUUUUUAUUCGUCGGAAGAGGAGACGAUAACCGUGACCGAACACGUUCCCUUUAAAGCAGAAAGGACGCAGCGGGACAAGACGAGAUUAAAAAAAAAGGGAAAGGAAGAAGAACGGCGAGGGAGGGAGGGCGAGAGGGACGAAAAAAAGAGAAAAGUGAUAUCCCGGCCAUUCAAACACCGAGGCGCAGCCAGGGACCGUGGCCGACCGGGAGCUUCUUAGUCUGGGGAGGAGCGCUACGCAAGGCCGAGGCUUGGAAUCCCUGCGAAGGCCUCUUGGGGAGAUCUCGCUGAUAAAUGACUGCUGGCUAUCAUUAGCACGUUUACAUCAUACAUGAUCAUAUCCAUCCUCCUCUCCAUUACUUUAUGGCUACUUUGCAUGCGGCAUUUUAUGACAGCAGACAUAAACAAAUUGCAGAAAAGUUCUGAGUUGCGACUGAGCGACCGAGUGUUUAUCUAUUCCCUCCCCGGUUGAGGAAGCCUCCAGUGGCCUGCCCGGCUGCUUGCUGCCGCUUGCACCAUGGACACUUCAUGGAGCAAUUUCCUCUUUCAGACACCAGCAACUCCAGGCCAGCAGGAGGCUCCCUUGCAGGCGGAGCUCCUGCCCGAGUUGAGUGGCUCGGCGGAAAGUCCCUUGGGCGAGCACCUGGUGACGCCGCCGUCCACCGUGGACACCGCCGCCCUCAGUGAGGAGCCACUUCCUGUGAAAGCGUUGCCAACCAAAGCGCCACGCCCUGCUCACAUCUGCGCCACAUGCAACAAGGAAUUCAAGAACAGCUACAACUUGCGACGCCACCAGUCGGUGCACACGGGCAUCAAGAUGAAGGACCGUGCUGCCCGUGAGAAAGAGGAGGCUGGCGGCAAGGUUCUCCCCAAACAGAGCAUCCCCCUCUCCCUCCUUCAGCUGGCCCUGCCGCCACAGCAACUACCCCAGCUCCCACCAGAGCACACAUCUCCUGACCCCCUGGACAGUCUUCCCCAGCCUGGCCAGCAGGUGUCAGUGUCCGUCGCCCCGGUGACCAUCACCAUGACGAUGCCACCUCCGCAGCCCAUCCAGUCUUCGACGGUUGUGGUGGUCAGCGCCGUGGAGCAGAAUUCCAGCCCUGCUGCUGCCACCCCUCCCAACCCUGGCAGCACCAACCAGCAGGUGCGCAAAAACCACGCGUGUGAAGCAUGUGGGAAGGCCUUCCGCGACGUCUACCAUCUCAACCGACACCGGCUGUCACACUCGGAUGAGAAGCCCUACUCGUGUCCCGUCUGUCAGCAGCGCUUCAAGAGGAAAGACCGCAUGAGCUAUCACGUGCGCUCGCACCAGGGUGGCGUCGAGAAGCCCUACGUGUGCCCGCAUUGUGCCAAGGCUUUCUCACGCCCAGACCACCUCAACAGUCACGUGCGUCAGGUACACUCCACUGAGAGACCCUUCAAGUGCACGACUUGUACAUCAGCAUUCGCCACACGGGACCGCCUGCGGGCGCAUCUGAUCCGCCACGAGGAGAAAGUGCCAUGUCACAUCUGCGGGAAACUUCUGUCAGCGGCGUACAUCACAGACCACAUGCGGGUCCACAACCAAUCGCAGCACCACGCAUGCCACCUCUGCAACCGUAGCUUCACUACGUUGACGUACUUGCGGGUCCAUGCGCAGAAGCACCAUGGCCAGGAAUGGAAGGAGAGCGGCGGCGCCCGCGGUGGCUUCGGCGGGGCAGGGCCUGGCGGGGUGCUCCUUUGCCAGCUGUGCGGUGUGCAGUGCAAAACCACCACCCAGCUCCAGGGCCACAUGGGUACGCACGCCAAUCAGGUGGAGACUGACCCGGAAGGCGCCGGCCCUGUGGGCGAAGCUCCACCCGGCAUGGCCGUCGCUGUGUCUGGGGGUGGGGGUGGCAACAGCACGGUGGGGCUGCUGGUGACUGACUGCUCCAGCAUCACUGCGCAGACACACAGCUAGCACGAGCAGGGCAGAAGAUGGGAAAUGGGGUCAGCGUGUUGGGAACACUUGAUCACAUCAUGAUGACGCCAUGAUACUGACAUCAAUACAAACUAUUCGGUCAAAGUGC